GCAACUAACAUGUCUUCCCAAGAAUACUACAGCGACAGCAAAUACCCCGGCCAUGGCCAGGGCUAUGGCAAUCAGGGUCCCAUGCCUCCAACUGGGUAUCCCGCAUACCCUCCAGCUUCAACUUCAUGGCCAGCACCUGCAAACGACACAGCAUAUUUGUCACAAACUAGCAACGGAUAUCAAUACCCGCAGGAAUACUACGGCGGCUAUCAGCAACCCCCGCCUCCGUACUAUCAACACCCUGAAUCGCCAGCGCCAGCGCCAGCGCAGGCUCCAUACUCAUACCCAUACCCACCGCAGCAGCAGUCUCAGCCGACAUAUCCGCAACAUACUGACCAAGACGUUCACGCCCGUCAAGACUACAAUGACCGUGGGGUCCUAGGGGCCCUAACUGGAGGCGCGGCAGGCGCAUACGCAGGGCAUCAAGUUAACCAUGGGGUGCUUGGAACAAUUGGAGGUGCUAUAGCAGGCUCUUUAGCGGAAGACGCAAUAAAGAAACACAGUUCACACGGGAAGGUUGACAAGAAGAAGGAAAAGCGGCCGUGGAGGUUUCACCGGCGCCGUUCUUCGAGCUCAUCGUCUUCAUCUUCCUCUGAUACAGACUCUGAGAAGGAAGAAGGAAAACUCCCAGUUUCAGCUCCAGCCCGGGUACCAACCCAGGCUUCGUCUGAUCACCGCGGGAAUUUCUCCAAAUCAUCCAGGGAUAUAUCCCUCCAGGGAGACUACGAAUUGGCGGCUUUGUGCUGCGCUGUCUCGGGCCAAUUUAAGGCCUCUCGACUGCCAUUGAACAGUGUCUUGAUGAAUGAAUUUGGGCAUUUCAGGUGGAAGACUGCGGGCAAUUUUGGGGCGUCAGCGAGAAAUGCUCGUUUGACUGAGGGUGGGCGUGUGCUGGAGGCUGAGUUGGCAGACGGUAAAGGUGGGUGGAAGAGGGAUUGGGUAAGGCUUGAUGAGAGGAUUUCGAAUCGGGACGGGGUCUUGGUGUUUUUGGACUAGGGUUUUCUCUCUCGUGGUUUACAUUUGAUAUUUUGAGAUUUCCUUUUUAAUGGUUCAUUCAUAUGGUCACGGGGUUUUAUGGUUGUGAAUCCAUCCUUGUAAUUAUCGUAAGAUAUUGCGUGAUCUAAACUACAGCUUGUAGCAUUACAAGACAAAACACUCGUUAAGACGCUCGA